AGCCAGCAUGGUGGUGUGGUCCGUGUGUCCGACCAAGAGCAGGGAGACCCAGGUUCAGAUCCCCACUCAGCCGUGAAUGGCCUCAUUGCUCUGGGGAGCGGCCUCAUCCUGAGUCAGACCAUUGAGUCAGGCAGUGACUAACAGUGGCUCUUUGCAGUUCCAGGCAGGAGGGACUUUUCUAGCCUCUUUGACGAUAUAGGAACAUAGGGAGAUGCUGUAUACAGGGCCUCUUCGCAGUUCCAGGCAGGAGGGUGUGUGUGUGCAUGUGCACAUGCUCACAAGUUUGUUGAUCUUCGCUCAGCCAGUUUUAGAUCCCACUCAGAUUGAAACAGGACGGCCCCACUCUGAAUGCACACACUGCCUUGAUACUGCCACCCAGACCAAAACUCAUUCUGCACACACGCAAAGCAAAAUAGAGGGAACACAGCACCCCAGUUGGAGAACCCCUAAAUGCUGCUAAAUGGUGUCCAUCAACAUGGCUCCUGCUGAGGUGCUUACAGCACCAUCCUGUUCUUGACAGGCAGGCAAGUCUGUCCAGCUAGGCUGGCUUUCCAUCGCAAUCCGAUUAUUAAAAAGUCACUGCAGAUAUUAGUCACUUUCUUAAUGCAAUGGUUCUGUAGCAUCCAGAAUGCCUUUAGGUUAGUGGGUGUGACCUCUGUUUUUUAUAUAGGGAUAUUCUUUUGAAGGCCUGAGAUGCAGGAUAUCCUUCUGCAUGCCUCGCCCUAACCCUGAUCAUGGUUGAUUGUAGGUUGUGCUGCAGUUUGUUCCUAAUGGGAAUAUCUUGUCCAGCACUGAGCCACAGCUAGAACCUCCAUAAACCGGAGCACUGCAUCUGCGUCCUGGGGGUAAACAGGGUGGCGGUCUGCAUUAUUCCUUGCUCAUGAGCUGGUCACUGCUGGAAACAGAACAUUAGACUCAACAAUAUGUGGUCUGAUCCAGCUUGCAAUAGAAGAUCUGCUAUCCUAUUAAUGUGUUGUCCUACAAUAAGUAUGAUUCAGUGCUGGCUGUCUUUGCUAUGCCAUAGCAAUACUACUGCUCCUGCAGGCCAAGAAUUGUGUUGUAGACACAGCUGCCUCUGCCUGGCCUGUGUGGCGUAGUUUGGACGUUCAAAAUGCGAUGAGCUUGUACUCCGCCCCUCUGUACCCAGGCUCCUGAUCUGUCCUGUCCUUUGUCAUGUUUGUGGGCUGCUGGUGUGCCCUUCAGCUUUUCACUGUGAGGUCUUGUUGAGUGCCCCCACCACCAGUCGAGCUCUUUGGGGGAAAAAGAGAGAAGCCUCGAGGAGGUCUUCUGAACUCCAAGGUAGUCCUCACUAGCCAAGCGGCCCUCGUCUCGCCUCUCCUUCAAGCAAGCUCGCAGAGCACACCUCGCUAGAAGCUGGUGCAGGGCCUGAGAGACGCCUCCUGCCAAAGGGAGAGGAGAGAGAUGAAUGAACAGAGCCUCCGAAGUGGGGUGCAGGCACAGGAGCAAGCCAGAACUGGGGCCCCUGCUGCUGAAGCAUCACUGUGGGCAGAAGGUGUGUUCACCCAGAGGGUUCGGGUUCGGGAUGAGGUCACGGGCUACCUGGGGCAAGAAGUCAUCCUGCCCUGCAACUUUGCAGCGACUAUCAGUGACAUCAAGGUCAGCCAAGUCACCUGGGUGAAGGAGACGGCAGGCAGGAAGCAGAACGUGGCGGUCUACCACCCGGACCAUGGGCCCAGCUACCCCAUGGAGCCGGUCAGCAGGCGGAUCCACUUCCGCACCCCAUCCCUGGAGGAUGCCACCCUGAUCAUCGACAGACUGCUCAUGACAGACGAAGGCACCUACACCUGCGAGUUUGCCACGUAUCCCUUGGGCAACGAGGAUGGCGUCACCAACCUGAUUAUAUUGGCCAAGCCCACAAAUACUGCUAAGUCCCUGGAGGUGAAAAUUGGGAACAACGCAGUCCCCGUGGCUGUCUGCACCUCUGCCCAAGGAAAGCCGCCUGCACGCAUCACCUGGCAGCCAGAGUCCAGUGUCAACUCCAGCGUUUCAGAGGUGGAGAAUGCAGAUGGCACAGUCACGGUCACUAGCCAAUACAUCAUGGUGCCCACCAGGGAGGCCAACGAGCAGCACAUCACCUGUCUUGUAGAGCAUAAGACGCUCCCACAGCCACAGUCCAUCCCUGUCGAGCUCUCCAUAUUGUACCCCCCCGAGGUUGCCAUUGAGGGCUACGACGACAACUGGUAUUUGAGCCGCAGUGAGGCCAUGCUCCAGUGCAUCGCCAAAGGGAAUCCCAAGCCCACCGAAUUCACUUGGACCACGUCCAGUGGAUCACUUCCAAAGACAGUGGAGAUCCAAGACAAUAAACUGCUGGUGCGGAAUGUGGAUGCGUCGGUGAACACCACUUUUAUCUGCAAGGUCACCAACCGCGUGGGUCAGGUUUCGACGGAACAGGUCAUCCUUGUCCGAGACAAGCCCAACUCGGACGGGGCUGGCACCACUGGCGGCAUCAUCGGAGGCCUCAUUGCGGCCAUUGUGGCCUUGGCUGUGGUGGCCACUGGCAUCCUCAUCUGCCGGCAGCAACAGAAGAACCGGAUGGAGCAGGAGGAGGAUGACCUGGAAGGGCCCCCCGCCUACAAGCCACCUCCCCCCUGCCAGCUGUCGGAGGAAACGGAGCCGGUUCCUAAGCCCUCGGAGGCGGAGACUAUCCCGCUCAAAUCUCCCUAUUUUGAACCCAGCGACACAGAUGGUCACUUUGGAGGGGUCCUUCCCACCACAGUGGAGGAGGCCCCGCGGUACCACGAACUGCCCACACUGGAGGAGCGAGAGGCCGCCGCUGACCCUGCCCCCAGCCUGGACGAUGAGUACUUGGACCAGAUCAACCCCAUUUACGAUGCGCUCUCCUUUGCCGCGGCCGAAGAGGAGGUGGCGUUGGCGCCCUUGGCAACUGACAAGGCCUUUGUGAUGUCCAGGGCCAUGUACGUCUGAGUCUAGGGCUGGGUUUUCAGCUGCGGCCCAGAGGGAUGGAUGCUACUCGGGGGCACAUCUGAGUCCCUUUGUCCCAGAGAGAUAGUGCUUCUUUGCCACCAUGUCCCACUUAGGUGCCCGGCUCCCAUUCUCUUGGCAUCCUGGGUUUCCUGUGUGCCUUAGAUGGACAGGAGGAGUUUCUCUUGCUCCCAACAGGCUCUCUAACCCCCUCCUUCCUCUAGCAGGCCAGAACCAGGGACUCUCCCUGCUUGUGCCGAGUGCCAAUUGUGCCUAAUGCCUUCUUGAUCACCAGGUGUUGACUGUUCAUUCUGGACCUCUUGAGAGGAGCAGAGUGGCUCUGGUGGCUUCCGCCUUCCCAAAGUCUUCUCAUUCUGAGCCAACAGGUAUUUGGCCCUCUGGGGGCGGGCUGAGUGCUGCGUGGUCAACUUACAAAGAGGUCCCCAAACCCACUCCAAGAGCAUGGCUCAAGGUGCGAGAAUCAUACGGGGCACAAACUUCUCUUGCAGCAUAUCCCUUGUAGGUUCACUCCAUUGCUCCAUCCCAAACCAACCAGAUUCCUGCUGAAACCACUUUGGGGAGCAGGAUGGAUUUGGUUUCCUUAUGAAGAGGAGUCAAUGUGUCCCAGUCCUCUUGCUGCUCUCCUGUCCUGUUCUUAGAGAUAUUUUUUUAAAGCUCCAAUCUGGUGGUACAACUGUGCCUGGACUGUACCACUUCAGAUUGCAAACAGGGGAGUGAGUGACUGAAUGCUCCUCAAGAACAACCAUUCUUCCACAUAGAAAAGCAUUUCAGGGAGAAGGCUAGGCCUGAACACUGCUUCUUGAAAGCUAAUUGUCUGUGUGCAUGGGAGUUUUUCAGGGGGGAAAGCAUUCAGUUAUGCAAACCCCCCACCUUCAGUCUGAAGUGGUAUAGCCCAGGAACAACGUUGCUGCCUGUUUGUCCAGACCACACUCCGAGAUCAGUUGCAAUGAGAAUGUUAUUGCCGUAAGCUGGAGGAUGUUUAAGCACCUGCCAGAAGGCGGACGUAGCAUCUGGAAGUGGCAGAGGGAUGACUCCCAUGACGGCAGCCAUCACUAUAAUUCCGGACUCUGAAUGUUACCCCUGAGGGAUGGAGAACUUGCCCAUGGUGUUGUGGGUUUUGAUGGCAUCCUUGGGACAAUCGUAACAUGCCCCAGCUCUGUAUGUCAUUGCUUGCCAACCACAUGCCACGAGCGUACCUGGCCGCUUAUAGGGGGAGCGUGGCCAGUUAUAGGGAGCUGGAUUUCUCUGCAGGAGUGUGCCCAUGAUUUUGCCCCCAUGUUGAGCAUAAGAAAUGGGUAGUAGCUGGAUGACCAAUCCUCUUUGUAAAAACUGGGCUCUCACUCCCAAGAAUGCACCCAUCCACCCAUUCCAGAAGCUGCUAGCUGGAACAGAAGGAACCUCACAGCUCUUCUACAAGCUGCCAAAGAAAGGCAGACAGAUUUUUCUUUCCUUGAAGGUUUUCAAGGAAUGGCUGGACAGGCAUUUUCAAGGGAUGCUUUUCGAGUUAGGGUGUCAUAUCUUGAAGCAAAGCCCCACCCCCAGGUGGUGGGGAAGGGGGGAGCACAGCAGAAUGGUAUGGAUUUUUGGCAACCCUCUUUGCCAUAUUGUUGUUCCUGGGACCUGAAUGAUGUUGAAUAGGGUUCAGCCUGUGUGCCACCAAAGGAAGGAACUGCGGGACAACCAGCCAGACCAGCACAGAGGCAUUUUAACAACAAUUGGUUAGAGCUGGUCAUAACCCUAUAAAAGCUGCCAAGGACCAUCUUGCUUCCUGGUUUGAUGAGGACUCUGCUGCUGGGAUCCCUUCAAGAAAGGGGAAGUCUCCAUUCUUACCUUUGACACCCACUGCCUUAACCCCCAUAGGUACAUCACACCUGUUCCGGCCAUCUGCCCUCUCCCCAUGCACGCAUACACACACCACACAUGCACAUUUCAAUUAGCAGGUAUGGGCACAGAAAUCACCAGAGUCACUGUGGGGCUUACAGGUGCCCAGUACACAACUGAGAAGAAAGAAAAACUCCUCCAUCCUGGUACGUCCUCAGGUCAGGGGUUCGCAUGGAAUGAACCACUGGGUCCCUUCAAUAUUUCACAAAGAAAAGUUCUCACUUCGGGCGAACUGAGGAGGUUGGCUGGCCUGACAAACAUUUCCCUGGUUUCCUUGUUCCGUUCCAGGCUCUGGUCACAUACUUGAAUUUUGAAUCUGUUCCCUAAAGAACCUGGGUGCCACCUGGCUGGAUCUCUGGGUUCUGAAAAUGUGAAAGGUUUUCUCUUUUUAUUCCAUUUGUUUAUUACACUACCUGUUAUGAAGUGAGCUGACUUACCAUUCUGAGGUUCACUCCGCUGCUGCCACCGCCACUGUUUUCCACGGAAGGGGGUGCGAACGGGCGCACAUUCUUCAUUUGUAUUGUGAUGAUGAUGAUUUUUUUUUACUAGCUGCUGUACUAACUCCCUGCAUCUCAGGGUAUGGGAAAGGGAAUGAUUGACACACACAAAUCCACGGUGCCUUUUCCCAACUGACCUUUGGGUGCCUUUCUUGACACUACUGAGUGGAUUGAUUUUGAUGGGGACACAGAGGGUGGUGUGUGUUUGUUUUUAAUUAAUGGCUCCUUAAAAAUAAAUGCUUGAAAAUCA